CUUUGCACAUCCUCAAAUACGCCAUUUUGAUCUCUCUCCGGAACAAGUUUGAAGUUUUUUUUUCUUUCUCGAAGUCCAUCAUCUCUUUUCACCAUCAUCAUGUCUCAGCGCAAACAGCCCAACCCCGACAAAGUCACGCUAUGAGCAGAGGUUGCUUUCCCUCAUCCUGCGCCCGUGACCCUGUACCUCCGUGACCCUGUGACGUGUUUAGCCCAGAGCUUAAAAUGGAAAUGGAAAGUGCCUCCCCUGAGCAGACUGUCAGUGCUGUUGAUGCUGCUGAUGUGAAUGAACAGUCUCAUUUGUCAGAAGAGGCUGUGAACAAUCAGUCCUCCACACAUAGACCAGAACCAGCUGAAGAAGCAGACUGUGAUGGAAAGGACAAACCAGAACAUGGAGAUGAUGAUGAUGAAGGUGGAGUUAGAACCGAGGAGGAGCUGUCCUCUAUCAACUCCAUGAUGAGCACUGUGAUGAAUGUGGGCCAGAUCGAUGGCGUUGAUUCUGAGCCCACCAAAAUAUCUCCCAGAAAUUCAACCAAAUCACCAUCUGUCAGUCGUACUGGUAGAAGAAAUCAGGAAGUCAAAGAUGAACGCUUAAGCUUCAUUUGCCCCCUGUGUGACAAAAACUGCAUGACACUGCACCAGCUCACCAUGCAUAUCAGACAGCAUAACACAGAUAGUGGGGGAACUGACCACUCCUGCAGUAUCUGUGGGAAGGCUUUGAGCUCAGCCAGUUCUCUGGACCGCCACAUGCUGGUUCACAGUGGAGAGAGGCCAUACAAGUGUGUGAUAUGUAGUCAGACUUUCACUACCAAUGGAAACAUGCACAGGCACAUGAAAAUUCAUGAAAAGGAUGCAAACAGUAUUCCUACCCCUAGUUCUUCCCCACUAAUCAAGCGCCGACGACUCUCUAGUAAGAAGAAGCCGAGUGUAGAGGAUGAAGUGGAGCAGGCUGAGGAGCCGCCAGUUAAAAAAGUGAUGUUAGUGCAAAAGUCGGGAGAGAAUGAUUCUGUUAAGAGUGAAGAAGAGAUCCUUCACUGCCCCAUCUGCUUCAAGACAUUCAACUGUAAAUAUGAUCUGGAAACACACAUGGAGACACAUCCUGACACUACACUCAGGUGUAACAUUUGUUGCAUUUCCUUUCGCACACACCGGGGUCUUCUGCGUCAUAACGCCGCCAUUCAUAAGCAGCUCCCUACUGACCCCUCUGGAGAACCCUUUAUUCAGAAUAACCCCUCCAUCCCUCUGGGGUUUGGUGACUUGGCUUUUAUUGACUUCAGCUGUCAAAAAUUUCCCCAAAUUGCACAGGUCUGGUGUGAGACUAAUUUGCGCAGAUGCUCUAGCAAGUUCCACAAAUUUGUUUGUGAGGUCUGCAACAAGGCCUUCCCUCUUCAGCAGUCUCUGGAUCUCCACAAAUCCUCACAUAAAAGAAGCGCAGGCACCAGCACUGAACCUCAGGAACAUAACGCAGAUGGUGUUAUGGAUGCACCCAAAGUUAACUCCCAUUCCACGGAUUCCAAGGAGGUCAAUGAACUAGUACCACAUGUUGAUCGUACCAGUUCAGAUGGAAAAAACGUUUUUUUGGAGUGCCUGGGUCUCCAACACUCCUCUUUGGCCAAGCCAGAGAAAUCAGAAGAGCAAAUUCAGCAGGAAAUUUUAGACAGCAUUCACUUUAUUCAUAUUGAGCCACCUUCAACUAAUCUACCUCAAGAAAACAGCAACAAUCUCGGCAUCUCAAUUUUGGAACCCGUCUCUCUUCAAGCCAUGAACAAGAAUGCCGCCCUUGGCCUCCUGUCGCUACAGCCACUCCAUGGUGUCGUCAGUAGUGGUAUGUUUGUCCCAAUAAGUGGUCCAGCUGCGGUGGAGCUAGCAGACAUUGAACAAAUCCUUAAGCUUGCAGCCUCUGUGCCACCUCAGAUGUCUUUGUCUAUGCUUGCCAAAGGUCUGGGCAGUCCCCUACAGGUGGACCCCAAACAGAUUGCUUCUCUGAAGCAAAAGCCCUUAAUCACUCCAAGAUCAAGUAUGGGUACCUCCACACCCCCUCCUCCUGUCAUGAAUGCCCAACAGGCCUCAUCGGGCAACAUCAGUCCUAGCCUUCCCCCCCAAACAGGUCAACAAGUGAGAACUGCCAGACAAUCACCAGCUUCCUCUACAUCCUCAACCUCGUCAUCUCCUACCAACUGGGAGACUACUCAGCUGGGGCCAGAUGUAAUAGGAAACACGAUUAUUUCGUAUGAAACUGGAAAGCAAGAAGAAUUUGAUGGCAAGGGGAAGGAAUCAAGAGGCAAGAAGAUGGCCAAGACCGAGUACCCUUGCCGGUUCUGCAAAGAAGUUUUUUCCUUCUUAGGCGGCCUCCAGGCUCAUAUGCGUCACCAUCUGGGAGCGUCACCAUACCAGUGCACCAUUUGUAGCUACGCUGCUCCUGACAAAGCAACGCUGAUUCGACAUUUCAGAACACAUAGCGGUGAGCGGCCAUACGUCUGCCGCCUCUGUCACUACCCUUUCACUGUGAAGGCUAAUUGUGAGCGUCAUUUGCGCAAGAAACACAUGAAGAACACACGCAAAGACAUCGAGAAAAACAUUGAAUAUGUCACCACCUCCUCUAGUGCAAGUGGUGUAAUCGGAGGCACCACACUAGACCUUCUUGAUACGGCCGGUGCCGGUAACACAUCUUGUCGAUUUUGCGGGGAGGACCUUAAGAGCUACAGAGCACUUCAGAUUCACCUGCGGACGCACAAUGGAUGUCAGCGGAAGCCAUUUGAGUGUAAGCAAUGUGGGGCAGCGUUUCUCGCUAAAAGGAACUGCAUUCACCAUUUGCUGAAGCACCACCCAGAUGUUCCAGAGCGGGAAAUUGAAGAAAACAUCAAAAGUCUUGUACUGGUUGGAGGAGACACCACCACUCAAGCUAUCCCUCCAACCUCAAAUGGGCUGGUUAACAGCACCGUUCCUAAGAAUGUAGGUCCCUACACUGGACCUGACGAGGACCAAGACCAGCCUUUAGAUUUCUCUAGUAAAUCUCAAAAAACGAUUGCUUCAAAUGUUAAACUUGAAGUAACAACAUCUCCUCUGUUUAACGACUGCUCUAUGGAGCCCAUUGAUCUCUCGAUACCUAAGGAUCCUGAGAAGAAGAGAAUGAUGAAAGAAAAACCUCAGAGUGUGUCCCUGAAUCAACAAGACAUCAAGAAAGAACAGACCCUGGAAACGACCCCUGGACUUCUCGCCACUCUCCCAGUCUCCAUUUCUAGCCGGGCCUCUGCUCUAUCCAGUGACCUUACUAAGCCUUUUCCUCGCUUGAAGCCAUUGCUACCAAAACCAUCUUCUGUUUCCAGUACUAAAAUGGCACCGCUGGCCUCCAUUGUCCAGAUGAUCGAAACAAGAAUAGAUGGCAAAAACAGUGUUAGUGCAAUGGAUUUUAAUAAACUAAGUGAGAAGAAGGGCACUACUAAACUGGAUUACAUUCAAAAUGGAUCUUUUGAUAACACAAAGAAGAGAGGCAAGAAGAGACCUUUUCAGGAAGAGAUCUGUGAUCCAAGAAUGCCGACAGGUUGUGGCGCUGACUUGGAGUCAAGUGGAGAGUUUCCCAGUGUGGAGAAAAUGCUAGCUACCACAGACUCAAAUAAAUUCAGCCCCUACUUACAACCCAGUCAGAUGGAGCCAAUGAAGGAAGAGAAAGAGAAGCAAUCUGUCAAUGAGGAGGUAAAAGAGGGACGAGAGGAUAAGCCAAAGAAACCUUCACCAAACAAAGGAAAGAAGAACGCUUAUUCCAAUUCAGUGCAGAAAAUGACCUGCCCAUACUGUCCACGUCUAUUCCCUUGGGCCAGCUCAUUGCAAAGGCAUAUGCUAACACACACAGGGUCUCGCCCCUAUUUUGAUAGCGCUGCCCCACACAUACGUACGCAACCCAGGCAACGAUUAUGGCGGAAUCUGCUGUGCCAGCCGGCUGAAGGUCAGAAGCCAUACCCUUGUCCUCAGUGUGAGUCAUUCUUCUCCACCAAGUCAAACUGUGAGCGCCACCUGCUCCGCAAACAUGGAAUGUCUAAUCGGACUCUUCAAAACAGUGGAUCUCGACCCAGACCUAAGGCUGACGAAGGAUCCCAAGGAAGUACUGGUACUAUUGAGAGUGUAUCGGACACUGAACCUCCUGUAGUCAGAGAUAUUGUGGAUCUGAGCUCUGUCAACCCCAAACAAGAGGAGAAAGCUUCAUCUCCAGAACAUGCACCAGUACAAACAGAACAAUCAGCCGCUGAACAAACAGACAGCAUCUCAGACCUAAACCAAACACAGCAGGCAGAGGGAAACCCUGAGGGAGUAGAAAAUAAUGAUGAUGACUCUCAAAGCAAUAAUAGUCUUGAUAUGAACCUCGCCAACAAGUUCGUAGACUGCAAGCUUUCUGGAACAGAGCAGCACCAGCCUAAAUCAACUGCUGAACCGGUUUCUCCACCAGAUGAGUUUCCACACACCUGUGCGUCCUGCAAGAAAACUUUUCGCCAUGCAGCCACUCUCAGCCGGCACCAGAAAACUCACAUUCAGGAGGUCCAGCCAGAGAAUGGAGGCAAAAAAGGAAGACGCCAACCUGCUCCUCAAAACCCAGUCACAGCACCCAGAAAGGAGCUGGAGCUGGAGGCCAAGUUAGAAGAUGAUGAAAAGGACGAGAACAGCAGCUGUGUGGAAAGUGGUGCUGAUGAGGAGGAGAGGGAGGUGAUGAGUGAUGAUGAAGAAGAAGAAGCUGCUUCCUCAGAGCUCAGGGCUUUGGAAGAGGAGGGCGACCCUGCUGGAGGCAAAACCGACAAGAGGAAGAAGAUCUGUGCUGUGUGCAGCAAACGCUUCUGGAGCCUGCAAGACUUGACCAGACACAUGCGCUCACAUACUGGUGAGCGACCUUAUAAGUGCCAAACCUGUCACCGCACCUUCACCCUGAAGCACAGUCUGGUGAGGCAUCAACGUGUCCACCAGAAACCUACAGAUGAGGCAGAACUGAAUGAAGAAAUGGAUGGAACAAGAGAUAACAGCGAAUUGCUGGAGGGAAAAGAGGUGAGGUGUUCAUCUGCAAGUCAAAGUGAAGCAACAGCUCCAAUCCAGAGUGAGAAUGAAUGUGGGAAAGCAGGAGCACCCCAAGAAGAAGAGAGUGAAGGACAUAUGGAGGAAAUUCAGCAUCCUGAAGAUACAUCCAUGGCGAUGAAUUCUGCUGAAGAACCUCAGCCGGAUGGGGCUGAACAGGAGGAUCAUCAAACAGUCGCCUCAGUAGAGGCCCAAUCAGGCUGUGAUCCAGAUCUAGCAAAAAUCAGUGUCCAUAGCUGUACAGCAGCUCACGAAAUGACAGAGACACCCGAUCAGUGAAGAGAAAAUUCACUGUGUUGAUUUUGUGCCAUAGUUUAUCGAGCUUCCACAAACUCGGUAAGAGUUGCAAAGCCUGGCUUCUGCCGAUAUUUGUCUUAUACAGUGUGCAUGACAGACUUCUAUUGAUGCCUUAAUGCUUUUUUCUAAAGAUCUGGAUCAACACAUAACUGGACGGUAGCAAUUUUAAUCCUAUUUAUAUGAUUUUUAAUGAAUCAUAUAAAGCCUUUAUAUCAAUAAAUUAGAAGUAUUUGUAUGAUGAACAGAAGAUUUAUAUAUCAGCAUUAAAUUGUAUUAUUCUU